AUGUAUCAACAACUGUCUAUUGCAUUGACUCGGAGCUCGUCGUGUCGUGGGUUUGCCCAGAAAGCAGCAAAUAUUAAUGUACAAGAGCGUCUAGUAGCUUUAUGUCGUCAUCGUGGCUUUGUAUUUCCUGGUUCAGAAUUAUACGGUGGUCUUGCCAAUAGCUUUGACUACGGACCACUCGGCGUUCUCAUGAAAAAGAACGUGAUGGAUCGAUGGUGGUUUGAGUUUGUGCAGAAACGACCCAAUUGUGUCGGCCUUGAUAGCUCUGUGCUGCUUAAGUCGGCAGUCUGGACAGCGUCUGGCCAUGUCGACAAUUUUACAGACCCCAUGGCGGUCUGCCAAUGCUGCAACUCUCGCGUUCGCGUAGACCAGUUGCUUGAGAAGAAGCUGGAGACACAGGAGGAGAUGGACGCUGUGGCGUCACUGUCUUUAGCUGAGAUGGAUACCUUGCUUCUGCAGCACAACGUGGCCUGUCCUCAUUGCAACAAGAUACACAGCUUCCAGCCCGUCAAGAAGUUUAAUCUGCUUUUUCGCACAAACAUAGGUGCCACGGACGAGACGUGCGACUGGAUUUAUCUACGACCCGAGACGGCACAAGGCGCCUACAUCAAUUUCGCCAAUGUGCAGAGCACCAUGCGCAAGAAACUGCCGUUUGGCGUCCGGAAGUGUCACCAAACGUUGUGA